AGAAUCCUAGGCAGGAUCAUAAACUACCUGUCGACCCAGACCAGAACCUUAUACCCAAAUUUGUAAAUAUUAUUACUCUUGAACAUGAAGAAUAUACCCUAUCGACCCAGACUUCUUUAAAUAUUGGACCACUUAAUAAAGAACAAGGCCUAGCUUUUCGGAAAUUAUUAGAAGAAUUUGCAGACCUCUUUGCAAAUGAUAUAACUGAGCUAGGACGAACCAACUUGGUGACUUACUGA